GAUUGGCUCUUUUUCCUAAUUUUAUUUUACAAUAUAUUUACAUUAUUUCGUUGCGCAGCAAAUUUCAUUACCUGUUUCCAUUGAGGGGAAAAGAACAACACCAGUCUAAUGGCGGCAAAUACACCUGUUGCUGAGGCAGAAAAUGGAGAAAAAGCACAAAUCUCUACCUUCGCCGUGCUGGACUUGGAAACAUCGAAUUUGCCUGCAUAUAACAAUAAUCGGGUUAGCAUCACCGAACUAUGCAUUUACGCCUUUGAUCCUGCAGUCUUAAAGGACAGCGUGGAACCAGAGGACCAGUUGACGCCACCCUCUCCUAAUGCUUUACCCCUUCCGCCGAGAGUGCUGCACAAGCUAAACUUACUUUUCCAGCCGUCAAUGACUGUACACCCAGGCGCCGAGAGAAUCACAGGCUUGAACAAUUAUAUUUUGGAACGCGAAUCGAAGCUGGACGAGAACGCGGGACAAAUUAUACUGAGAUUUUUGGAGCAUUUACGCCCUCCUGUUUGUCUUGUAGCACAUAAUGGCUGGGCAUUCGAUUUUCCAAUUAUAAAGCAAGCGCUUGACAAACUGAAUAUUAAUUUGCCAGCAUCUACGCUGUGCGUGGAUUCGUUGCGUGCCUUUAUGGAAAUCGACGAUAAGCGAAGCGAUGAAAUAGUUGUGGAAAACGUUUUGGCGACCGACAUCAAGCUUGAACCGGAAACUACAUGCGAGCCACCCGCCAAAGUAAUCGACUGGCAGAAGGUGAACGAAACGACGCCGAAGCGUCCAAUCCUGAGGGGUGCGGCAGCAACUCGUAAACGCCAGCUGUUGAACGAUGACACUUGCAAUAAUGAUGUAGAAGCUGCCAAACGAGCACCCCGAGAUAUAAGUGCCCGUCGCCAACUGUUUGCUGGCUUGAAAUGUGCUCAAACCGAACGGAUUCCACCCCGCGGAUGCUAUGGAUUAGCCCGUCUGUUCGAACGCACAUUUGAGAAAUCUGCAGCAAAUGCUCACCAAGCCGAGGCGGAUGUCAUUAUGCUCACAAAACUCAUCCAAUGCUACAGUGUGGACUUCCUAGCCUUCGCUGAGGAGCAAGCAAUUCCGUUCGCCAAUGUCGUACCAAUUGGUGGCAAGGCACCUAGUUCUUAGUUUUUCUAUUUAGCAUGUUUGCAUGAUAGUCUUAACGUUUGACGGUUUUAAAUAGCAAAAAUUGUAAAUGUGGUUUUUAAAGUGCUAUAUAUUUUUAUACUUGAACAUUUUGUUGAGAUCAUAAACAUGUCUUCUAAUUGAAUUCUAAUAAU